UGACCGAAUACGGAAAAAUCUUUUUUUUUUUAAACCUGGGUUUGUUUAGUUAGGCCCAAACUUAAAAGAAAAGCCCAAAAAACAAAAAAAAAAUUAGAGAGAGAGAGAGAGAGGGGUUGAAACUGAUUUACGACGGGUACGAGGAGGAGAUCUGUGUGUGUUCUGUCUCUCUGUCUCCACCGCCUUCAAGAAGAACCGCUUACUUAAUGAAAGGGUGCACUUUUACGAGAGAGAGAAUUGGAUGAAUGAAGCUUUAAUAAGACAACGGAGAAGAUCCGUGGCUUGAGGUACUUGCUCGCUGUGAUAUUUUUUUUUGGUGUGAACUCGCUGUGAUCUGGUCUUUAUUUCCAGUGGCGGAUCUAGUCAAACUUAGAGAAUGUUGAACCCGUGACCUCAUUUUUAAUAUGCUCAACUCUAUAUAUUAUAUACAAGAAGAAGAACUAGUUGUUGGCUUCACCAAGUGGUGGUGAUAUAAGUCGGAAAGAGAAUGAGAAACAUAAAACAUUGCUCCUGCUCAAGUAUGGAACAGCUCCACCACGAUAUAGUAGAGCGUAUCCUGGAGAGACUUCCGGCGAAAUCGCUGGGCAGGUUCAAAAGUGUAUCGAGGAGAUGGGAAUCCACAAUCGAAUCGAGGUAUUUCCAGAAAAGGCAGUUGAUCUGUGGGGGAGAUGAUCCCCAAGUCCUCUUGGUUUACCUGUCUUGUGAUGUUGCUGCUCCACCAAACAUACAACCAGUAGUCUCGGACGAGGCUCAAGUUACUGCGGUCAAGAUCUCCCCUACCGAGAGUGAGAACUGCACCUUUGUUUCCCAGACCAGUUGUGACGGCCUUGUCUGCGUCUACAGUUUCUACGACUCGGGUCUUGUCGCCAAUCCCACCACUGGAUGGAGUCGCUGUUUUCCUCCCUCAAGGCUUCAACAGCUCAUUCAUGGCUUGCAAGAAAACUUCUUUGAGCUUGCGUACCGUUUCCCUUUGCUUGGAUUCGGUAAAGAUAGUCUCAGGGACGCGUACAAGCCUGUUUUCUUAUACAAUUCUUGUGAACUGGGCCUAGACAACGUUACUACUUGUGAAGUUUUCGAUUUCUCCGCCAACUCCUGGAGGUACGUUGUCCCUGCUUCCCCGCAUCGCAUCAUCCCUUGCCGCGAACCCUUGUAUUUUGACGGGUCACUCCACUGGUUCACCGAGGGUCAAGACGAAACUAAGGUCUUAUCUUUCCAUCUUCACUCCGAGGCUUUUCAACUCAUCUCUAAUGCUCCUCUUCCCUUUCCUGGCCGUGUCCAUCCCGAAGACAUCGCCUUGUGCAGCCUCAGUAACCGUUUGUGCGUGUCUCUGAAGACGGACCUCCUCCGACUUAUUUGGUCCUUUGAUCCAAGAAACAACAACAACAACAACAACAACGACAAGACAUGGGUGAAGCUCUAUAUCAUUGAUCUCAACACAACUUCUUUUUGGUUUGGGAGCACGCACACAUUGGCUCUCUCUGCACUCUCUCUCUCCCCCACAACUAAUAAGUUUUUGUUAUAUGAUCGUGAGUAUAAUGAGCACAAGCAACAUCUCGUCUUGCAUGAUCCCGCUACCAAAUCUUAUGAUUUACUUCUCUCUGCCAAAUCUAUCGGACUUCCUCUUUCUUAUGUCCAGAGUUUAAUCUCUAUUUAGUACUUUAUUCUUGUAAGUUGUAACUUUCCCUUUCAUUUAAUUUCUCUUUGUAUAUUUAGCGAAUGUUGUAAUUUUACUAUACUCUUCCUCAUGAGUCAUCAUUGUAUAAGCAUGAGGGCGUUUAACUUUAUUGUUGUUGUAACUUUCCCUUUAAUUUCUCUCUUUAUCAA